CCAACUACAUGUGUUAUGAUAAGAGCAGCCCUCUCACGAAUUUAGAUAAGCGAACGUUUCACCAAAGACGAUCAGUUUUAAUAAAGCAGCUCUACGGAUUAGAUUUGAAAAUUGUUGUAAAAUGUCGCAAGAUCAGUUUACAUUUCGCCGUGCAGAAAAGGACGAUAUUAAAGCUGUGCGAGAGAUGAUACAGGAAUUAGCUGAUUUCGAACGCAUGAGCAAUGGUCCUGAACUUAGCGAAGCGGAUUUGAUAAGGGACUCUGGACUAGAUGGGGGUCAAGAAUUUUGUCACAUCUAUGUACUCAUAGACAAUGCCACAAAUCUUUGCAUUGGCUAUGCGAUCUGCUUCAACUCGUACUCCACCUGGCAGGGACGUUCGCUCUUUCUAGAGGACAUCUACGUGCGUCCUGCGCAUCGCAAACGUGGCGCCGGAGGACGCAUCUUUCGUGAAGUGGCCGCCAUCGCUGUGCAACUUGGAUGUCGUAGACUGGACUUUCAUGUGCUUGGCUGGAAUCCAGCAAGAGAGUUCUACGAUCGACUUGGGGCAACAAAUCUAACCAAAUCAGAGGAGUGGCAUUUCUACCGCGUCGAACAACAACAAUUGGCCAAAUUGACCAGCGAACUCAACUCUAAAUAAUCGAAUACACAUUUAGCUA